AUGGGUAAACGACCAAUUUCCGAUGUUGUCGCCGAAGACGGCGCGACCACUGUCCCCGAAAUCUCAAGAAAGAAGAGCAAGAAGGACAAGAGCAAGAAGCUCAACAAAUCCGCCCCCGUCGACGCGAUAGACACCAAUGGCCACGCCGACGAGGUAACGAACGGCAAGAGCGCGGACGAUUCAGAGGACAAUGAUAAACUGUCAAAGGCCGAGCGCAAGGCGGCAAAGAAGGCCAAGAAGGAAGCCAAAGAAGCGAAGAAGGCCAAGAAGGCGGCAGCAGAGGCUGAAGUAAAAGAUUCUAAUGGCGCUGUCGCAGAAGACGAGGAAGCCAUAAAAGCCGCGGAGAAGGCAGCGCGCAAAGCGGAGAAAAAGCGACUGAAGGCGUUGGCUAAGGGUGAAGAAGCUGCCGAGUCCACACCCUCAACAACAUCCCCACCAACCACCAUCACCAUCACCACUGUGGAGCCCGCAGCGACGAACGAGACAAAUGCAGCGCCGGGACAAUACGAGGAGAGCAAGGAGCUGACACAGCUUCCUCAGUCAGAGAUUGAUGCUUUCCUGGCUAAGAACACCAUGACCAUCCAGGACCCCAAGCCUACUGGCAACAAGCUGCGUCCCAUCUUGAACUUCAAGUAUUUGCCUGUCGACGAUACGCUACGCGCCUUUUUCUCCAAAUUCAGCGCCCCUACACCUAUUCAAGCAGCCACAUGGCCAUUUUUGCUGGCAGGAAGGGACAUGGUUGGUGUUGCCGAGACUGGCUCCGGCAAGACGUUGGCAUUUGGUGUGCCUUGCGUGCGCAACAUCGCCGCAUUGCCCAAGGACAAGCGGAAGGGUAUCAAGGCUGUCAUUGUCUCACCUACUCGUGAGCUGGCGGUCCAGAUCUAUGAUCAACUAGUAGCCCUGGCGACACCUGUCAGACUUUCAGUCGUCUGUGUCUACGGCGGUGUACCAAAGGACCCGCAAGUUGCUGCUUGCCGCAAAGCGCAUAUUGUUGUUGCUACACCGGGUCGUCUCAACGAUUUGAUUAGUGAUGGUUCUGCGGACCUCAGCAAAGCCGAGUACGUAGUCCUUGACGAGGCUGAUCGUAUGCUCGACAAGGGUUUCGAAGAAGCAAUCCGACAGAUUAUCUCGCAGACGCCCAAGAAGCGCCAAACGCUCAUGUUCACCGCUACUUGGCCUCCUUCAGUUCGGGACCUUGCAUCUACAUUUAUGAGUUCGCCGGUGCGAAUCACCAUCGGCGACAAUCAAUCUGGAGAGCUUCGUGCCAACGUGCGCAUCAAGCAGGUGGUCGAGGUUGUGGAUCCCCGCGCCAAGGAGCAGCGUCUUUUGCAGCUGCUCAAGCAAUAUCAGUCUGGCAAAAAUAAGGAAGAUCGCAUCCUUGUAUUCUGUUUGUACAAAAAGGAAGCAGUGCGCAUUGAGAACUUCAUUCGAAUGAAGGGCUUCCGCGUAGGCGGCAUUCACGGCGAUUUGAGCCAAGAAAAGCGCAGUGCGUCACUUGCGGCGUUCAAAGAAGGUCAUGUGCCGCUGCUCGUGGCGACAGACGUGGCUGCACGCGGACUUGACAUUCCGGCCGUCAAAGUAGUCAUCAACGUCACCUUCCCGCUGACAGCUGAAGAUUACGUGCAUAGGAUUGGCAGGACAGGUCGCGCUGGAAAGGAAGGCCUGGCUAUUACCUUGUUUACCGAACACGACAAGGCGCUUUCUGGCUCAUUGAUCAAUGUGCUCAAGGCAGCGAACCAGCCCGUGCCGGAAGAGCUGAUGAAGUUUGGCACGACGGUCAAGAAGAAGGAACACGGGGCGUAUGGAGCCUUUUACAAGGAUACGGAGAAUGCCAAGGCUGCAACGAAGAUUACUUUUGACUAG